CCUGGCCUGAUCCCAGAGUGCUCGGCGUAGGGCCGCGAUAGAAAAGAUGGCGGUGGCGGUGAGAAGUUUGCAGGAUCAACUGGAAAAAGCCAAGGAAAGUUUGAAGAAUGUGGACGAGAACAUUCGCAAGCUGACGGGCCGGGACCCAAACGACCUUAGGCCUGGCCAAGCUAGACGUUUAUCCAUCACAGGACCUGGUGGAGGUAGGGGGCGUGGGAUUGGAUUACUUAGACGUGGACUCUCGGAUAGCGGAGGAGGACCCCCAGCUAAACAGAGAGAUUUGGAUGGAGCAAUCAACAGGCUGGGAGAUCGUCGUUCAAGAAGAGAGUCACGUCAAGACAGUGACGCAGAGGAUGAUGAAGAUACAAAAAAGCCAGCGUUGCAGUCUUCAGUUGUUGCUACCUCCAAAGAAAGGACACGCCGAGACCUUAUUCAAGAUCAAACAAUGGAUGAGAAGGGCAAAGAAAGGAAUCGGCGGAUGUUUGGCCUGCUGAUGGGUACUUUGCAAAAGUUCAAGCAGGAAUCUAAUGUUGCAACAGAGAGGCAAAAAAGACGUCAGGAAAUAGAACAGAAGCUUGAAGUGCAAGCCGAAGAAGAACGUAAACAAGUAGAAAAUGAGAGAAGAGAAUUAUUCGAGGAACGUCGUGCUAAGCAAACUGAACUAAGACUUCUGGAACAAAAAGUGGAACUAGCUCAGUUGCAAGAUGUAUGGAAUGAACAUAACUUAAAAAUAAUCAAAUACAUAAGAACCAAGACAAAGCCUCAUCUGUUCUACAUUCCUGGCAAACAUUGCCCAGCUACUCAAAAGCUUUUGGAUGAUUCCCAGAGGAAGAUGAAUGGUAUUUUCGAACACAGGCGCCUGGAGUUUGCAGAUCAGAUUAACAGAAUGGAAGUUAGACCUAGACGUCAGUCAUUGAAGGAAAAAGAACAGCGAGAGUUGCAGAAUGAAGAACAACAAAACGUGGAACAGGAGGGUAAGGUGGCUCAUCAUGAGGAGAUGGAGGAAUUGGGUAACCAGAACAAUGAUGUAGAAAUGGAGGCAGCAGAAGAGGAAAUGGAAGUAGGUACAGAUAAGUGUGAUUCAGGGAAGCAACAAGAAAAGCAACAGGAAGAGGAAGCUGAAGAAGAGGAAGAAAUAGAGGAAGGGGAAAGCAACAGUCAGCCAGAAAGUGUGCCUGUUGAUGGUAAGGAAGCAAGCCAGAAUACAGAGAAUGAUCAGGAUAUGGUGGAGGAAGUAGAUGAGGGUAGAGAGGAGAGGGUAGAAGAGGUUUGUAAGGACCCGGAGCCUGAGCCGGACCCGGAGCCGGAGCCUGAGAUGGAGCCAGAGCCUGAACCUCAGCCUGAGCCAGAGCCUGAGAUUGUACCUGAACCGGAGCACAAACUAGGAUCUGAACCAGGGCCUCAAUCCGAACUUGAAAGUUCGGUCAGGCAUGAGCCGGAGCAAGAGAAUCCUGCCGCUACUCAAGCUGUAGAAUUGCAGGUAGAACCAGUUAGGGUGUCACCAAAGAGAAGCAGGAGUAAAAGUAGCAGUAGGAGCAAAAGCAGAGGUCGUGAGAAGGCUCAGAGUAAGAGUAGGAGUCGGAGCAGCAGUAGUUCCAGCUCUGGCAGUAGUUCAAGCACCACCAGCAGUGGCAGCAGCUCAAGCAGUGGCAGCAGUAGUAGGAGCAGCUCCAGCACAAGCAGCAGCAGUGGUAGCAGCAGCAGAGACAGCAGCACUAGCAGCAGCAGCAGUAGCGAGAGCCGGAGUCGAAGCCGGAGUCGGGGUCACAGCAGGGACAGGAAGCGCAGGAGGAGCUCAGAUCAAAAACGUAGAGGUAUUUCAAGUGCAGAUAAAGAUCGUAAGUCAUCGAAAACCAGUAGCAAAGAUUUAAAAGGCUCACGGGAAAAGAGUUCAAGGUUAGAUAGAAAGAGGUCUAUAUCAGAAAGUCGUUCAGGCAAAAGGUCGUCGCGGACUGACAGAGAUCAUAAAUUGGACAGAAAAGAUAAAAAGCACUAAUCACCUGACUGAAAAAGAAAUGACUUUAGGAAGGCAAAGUAUUGCUUGAUGUGUACAAUGUACCUGGUAGACGGAAUAUUUUCUUUCAGCUGGAGAUGAAGCCGCCUUAAGUCUUGCUUGAUGUAUAGUACUUUUAUUUGAAAACCAUGACACAAAAUUACCAUUAAUCCCUGUACUUUUACAAUGUUUUGUAUGCACAUGUUUCUCCAAUUACAAUUAAAGUGUGUUUCAGAAGAUGACAUUGUAUGGAAAAUAUUGUACCAAUCUUGCUGGAAGGAUUAGCCUUCUUCCCUUUUCAGUGUUUUUUAAAUUUGUUGUAUUCAACCACUGAUGCCUCCUUUGUACAGUUGAAGUUAUAGGGGGCAAAAUAUAAGUAUUGUUCUUAGCGUAAAGAUGGUUGUCAUUGAGUAUGUACUAUACAGUUCCUUUCUGUAGAAUUAAAUGUAAAUUUAAAAA